AUGGCCGAAGCUCAGCCCCACCGCUCCGCUCCAACGGCGACGAGUUCCGGUGGGAGUUUUGAGGCAUCACGCCGGAGUGGCCUGGUCGGGAUAAUCAAGGAAAACGCCCAAGGCCUCGUGGAUCUUGGCCUCGCCGAAAAGGGCUAUGACAUCGUCACUACCGACUGCGGAUGGCCCUCGACAAAUAGAACCGCCGAUGGCAGGAUCACUUGGAAUUCUACUCUGUUCCCUUCAGGCUUCCCAGCCUUGGGCGAGUACAUCCACGACCUGGGUCUGCAAUUCGGCCUGUAUUCAGGAGCCGGCCGCUGGCAAUGCAAUACUGAUCCCGAGCACAUCUUCCUGGUGGCGUCUUUGGGCUACGAGACCGAGGACGCACAGUCCUUCGCCGAAUGGGGCGGCGAUGCGUUGAAGUACGACAACUGCUGGGCCAAUGAGACCGAAGAUACGCACCCCUUGCUCAAUUCCAUCUCUCCAAGCUAA